GUGCGGCCCUCGGAGCCCUUCCUCACCCGGUACCUGCUGGGGCCGCACAAAAACCUCUCCGAGACUCAGGUGUUCAAUGAGAUCUACCCGGUGUGGACUUACUCCUACCUGGCACUGCUGUUCCCGGUGUUCCUGGCCACAGACUACCUGCGGUACAAGCCCGUGGUCCUGCUGCAGGGCCUGAGCCUCAUCGUCACCUGGUUCAUGCUGCUGUACGCCCAGGGACUGCGGGCCAUCCAGUUCCUCGAGUUCUUCUACGGGAUGGGGACCGCCACCGACAUCGCCUAUUACUCCUACAUCUACAGCGUCGUCGAUGUCGACCUGUACCAGAAGGUCACCAGCUACUGCCGGAGCGCCACCCUGGUGGGCUACACGGUGGGCUCCGUAUCCGGGCAGGUCCUUGUGUCAGUGGCAGGAUGGUCCCUCUUCAGCUUGAACGUUGUCUCCUUAACCAGCAUAUCCAUUGCCUUUGGCACAGCUUGGUUCCUGCCGAUGCCACAAAAAAGCCUUUUCUUUCACCAUGUCUCAAGUCAGCAGCUCAGUUGGGAAAUGAAGGUCAUGGACUGUAAAAAUGGAUCAGCUGUUCAAGAUCAUCCCAAAGUGCAGAGGGCACCUGGCUGGGACGACGAGACAAAAGUUCCCUUAAAUGGGGAGGGUCAUUCAGCAGAGAAGCAGGAGCAGAAAGUAAACAUUGUAAAGGUGCUUAAAGAUCUCUGGCAGGACUUCCUGCAGUGCUACUCCUCCCAGACCAUGCUCUGCUGGUCCGUGUGGUGGGCGUUGUCCACCUGUGGCUACUUCCAGGUCAUCAACUACGCUCAGGGCCUGUGGGAGAUGGUGCUGCCUUCUCGCGGCAUGGAGAUCUACAAUGGAGCCGUGGAGGCGGCCUCAACACUGCUAGGAGCUGUUGCCGUGUUUGUUGUGGGUCACAUAAAAACAUCCUGGGCAAUGUGGGGUGAGGUGGCACUUGCCCUGUUCUCCUUUCUUAUUGCUGCUGCUGUAUAUAUCAUGGAUACUGUUCGUAACAUCUGGGUGUGCUAUGCAUCAUACGUUGUCUUCAGAAUUAUCUACAUGCUGCUAAUCACAAUAGCAACGUUCCAGAUUGCUACAAAUCUUAGCGUGGAACGGUACGCCCUGGUGUUUGGGGUCAACACUUUCAUUGCCUUAGCACUUCAGACUCUGCUCACUUUGAUUGUUGUGGACGCCAGCGGGCUUGGGUUGGACAUCUUCACCCAGUUCAUGAUUUAUGCCUCUUACUUUGCGGCCAUCUCGCUGGUGUUCUUGGGCAGUGGCAUAUACAGUAUUAUGAGAGCUUACAGAAGACAAGAGCAGAGGCAAAGCAGAUCUCCUGAAAGCCAGUAG